UAACCCUCCCAGGCCGCUGGUGGCGCUGCCGGCCGCGCUGGCCCGUCGCACGGUCUUAACGCCGCCCUGGUAACCAGACAGUCCUUCCGGCUUGACCGCCAUCACAGACAGCAGGCAUGGCUAUCCGCUACCCCAUGGCCGUCGGCCUCAACAAAGGCCACCCAGUCACCAAAAACGUGACGGCUCCCAAACACAGCCGCCGGCGCGGGCGUCUGACCAAACACAGCAAGUUUGUCCGGGACAUGAUCCGCGAGGUGUGCGGCUUCGCCCCGUACGAGAGGAGAGCCAUGGAGCUGCUGAAGGUGUCCAAGGACAAGAGAGCCCUGAAGUUCAUCAAGAAGAGGAUUGGAACUCACAUCCGGGCCAAGAGAAAGAGAGAGGAGCUCAGCAACGUCCUGGCCGCCAUGAGGAAGGCCGCCGCCAAGAAGGACUGAAGUGUCGCUCAAUAAAACUUUGUUCUACUAUAAAA